AUGCCUUCUAAAAGUCACUCAAUUCUCAACGGUGGCAUCGUACGGCAGUUACUAAAAGAUGGCAAUGAAGUCACUUUUAUACGAUCAGUUGAAUAUAAAAAUCCUCCUCCAACCUUACGUCAGAUCGACGUCAGUAGCAAUGCAGUUGCGUUGCCCGAGGACGCCAUAAAUAUAAAAGCUAUAAUGGACGACGAAGCUAUAGACGACCCAGUAGAAGUAAAGCGCUUUAUGACAGAUCUCGGCAUAAAAACUUUAGAAAAUGAAGAUGUACAGAAAUUGUUAAAUGAUCCUAAUGAAUAUUUUGACGUAGUGAUUGUUGAAUUUAUGGAUCAUGAUCUUCUAGCUAGUUUCGCAGCAGUAUUUGACUGUCCAUUAAUAUGGAUGUCACCUAUUGAAAUUAAUUCUGAUAUUCUAAGGAGAAUAGACGCUGUACCGAAUCCUGCUCAUGUUCCUAAUUGUUUGUCCAUGAAUAUAGUACCUUUUAAUUUUUGGCAACGUGUGGAAGGGUUGUGGUCAUUAUUAAAAUCUGAAUAUUUUUACUUCAGGUAUUUCAAUGAUAUGGAAACUGAAGUCUACAAUCGAUUGAUAGUACCUAUAAUAGCAAAACGGGGCCGACAGCCGCCUUCAUUUCAAGAGAUCCGAUUUAACGCAUCUUUGGUUUUGGGCUAUUCACAUGUAUCUAUAGGGGAAGCUAUCAGUUUACCUCAAAGUUAUAAGAAUGUAGGAGGGUAUCACAUUGAUGAAGAUAUACCACCUUUACCUGAGGAUUUAAAGAAAAUAAUGGACAACGCUAAAGAUGGUGUUAUAUACUUUAGCAUGGGAUCAAACUUGAGAAGCAAGGACUGGCCGGAGGUAAUAAAACGGAAGUUAUUAGAGAUGUUGGGAGGACUAAAGCAAACUGUGCUUUGGAAGUUUGAAGAGCAGUUACCCAAUAUUCCUAAAAAUGUUCACAUAUCAAACUGGCUACCUCAGUUAAGUAUCUUAGCGCACCCAAAUUGUAGACUAUUUAUUACUCAUGGAGGUCUUUUAUCUAUUUCUGAAACUUUACACUUCGGUGUGCCAAUUAUUGGAGUACCUGCAUUUGGUGAUCAGUUUAUUAACAUGAAGAGAGCUGUGAAAAAAGGAUACGGCAUUAAAGUUGAUAUGACAUACGACAUAGUUGAAAACUUGAAAGUCGCAAUAGAAGAAAUACUAUCAAAUCCUUCAUACCGGUUGAAAGCUCAGGAAGUAUCAAUCAUUUACCGCGACCGUCUAGUUAAGCCUAAUGAAGAAUUGUCCUUUUGGGUUCGUCACGUAGUAGAGACGCGCGGUGCUCCACAUUUACGUUCUCCAGCUUUGGACCUGAGAUGAAAUUUGCAUCGCGCUACGGCACGCACUCUGAAUUCGAGCGGACAUUCUGGCGAUCCCGGCCCCGUCGAGCGUUUCGUGCCUAUGUGGCUCACGAAAGCUCCGGGCAUCAGCGACAACGAGACAAGCGGCGGUCGGCGGCACCGCGAACAUCGCGCCACGCGCCGCGUUGCGAGCAACGGUAAAGACGGGGAUUCCCCUCAGCCUGCGGUCGAGACCCUCGUCGUCAACCUGCAUCUACGAGUCAUUUACAAUCAACGAGCGGCGGCGGCAUUCAUCGAAGCGCCUCAUCGGCAUCAUAAAAACGUCGGUUUGGCAGCCAAUGUCACCUUUCGCGCCUCGCUCGUAUACCAAUUGUGA